GAAGAACGGUGAGCGACUCUCCGCCAACAUGUCGCCUCUCAGGGCAACCUUCGCCUUUGAUUUGAAAGAAUAAGCCUUGUUAUUUUAACAAGCGCUCACUCCGCUAACUAGUCUAAAGUAGAUGCGACACCAAAACUAUAUCCUGGUCCUGCAGAAUGUCCAAGAUCAGGCGGAAGGUGACAGUGGAGAAUUCAAAAACCAUUUCGGACAGCGGGAGCAGCAGCAGCGCCACAACCAGCAGCACCACCAACCCCGCCGCCCCGUCUCGCCGGCCCAGCGUGUUUGAGAGACUUGGUCCCAGCACGGGGAGUAAUGCUGCUGAUAGUCACUGCAGAAAUUGGCUGAAGACAGGUACCUGCAGUUACGGCAACACUUGCCGCUACACACAUGGAACUCAGCCACGAAGCAAAGGAUUCACCUUCAGCCGGACAACCGAGAGGCCCACAGGUGACCUGCGGGAGAGGAUGAAGAAUAAAAGACAAGAUGUUGACCCGGAAAACCUAAAGCGAGACCUAGACGAGCCCACAUCCCCCACAGUGAGACAGAGAGAUCCCUCUAGAGGGCGACACAGAGAGAAGGAGGACAUAAAGAUCACAAAGGAGCGUACCCCGGCCAGUGAAGAAGAGCCUGCAGAGUGGGAAACUAAUCGUGAAGAUUCUGAUAUCGGCGACUACGACUACGAGUUAUCCCUCGAGAUGAAGCGGCAGAAAAUCCAGCGAGAACUGAUGCAGCUGGAGCAGGAGAACCUGGACAAGAGAGAAGAUAUAGUCAUCAAGAAAGACGAGGCCCCCGCCAAAACCAGAAGCACGGGUUUGCCGAAGGUCUCUGAUGAGCUGCUGAGCUCCAAAGAGUCGCCCGUGUCCAGAAAGUCCAGCGGCUCCCCGAAACACAAGAGUGGAGUCAAAGGGGUGGGGUCUGGGAAGAAGGAGAAGAAGCUAGCACUGGCAUUAGCUGUGUCAGAAACAACCAGACCAACAAAAGCGAGCCACAGCAAGAAAAAAGGCCCCCGCACGCCGAGUCCUCCUCCCCCUGUCCCGCUGGACAUUCCUGUGGUCGGGAAGAAGCAUAAAGGCAAACACAAAAACAAGGAGAAGACCGAGGAGAAGCAGAAGGAAGGGAAAGAUCGGGGCAGAGAUACGGAAAAACACAAAGAGAAGAAGGAGAAACGCAGGGAUCGUUCAGAGAGUUCCCACAAGGCCAAGCGUGCGCUGACGUCAGAGGAGCAUUCGGGCAGCGUGUCGUCUCCUUCCAGAGACUCUUCUCCUCCAGCUAGGAAGAAGUCAGCUUCUCCCAAAGCUUCCCAUAAAGCCUCGUCUCUAGCCUUCCCCCCUCAAAGGUCUCCUUCCCCGCUGCGCCACCAACGCAGCCCCACUUCCUCCCGCCACCACUCCCCCUCAUCCCAGUCGGGCUCCUCCGCCCAUCGUCUCUCCCCCUCCCCUCGCCGGCGCCGCUCCUCCUCCCCCUCCUACCACCGGAGCUCCGCGGUGCAGGUCACUGCUUCUUCGCCUCUCCACUCUCGUCGCUCCCGAUCGCCUCCCGCCUCUCACGACGCCUCCUCCCCACACCGGCGGUCCGACAGGUCCAGCCCCGCCCGCCACCACUCCAGGGGCAGAGAGCGAAGUCGCGGCGACCGAGAACGGACCCCGCCCAUCCAGGAGCGCAGACACGACCACAGAGACGAGAGCCGCAGCAAACGGGAGAAGGAUCGCGACGAUCGCGACUACGACUCCGAAGUUCGAGAUGAUCGGGAGACCAGAGAGGCCCGCGAGCGACGUGACGCUCGUGAGCGAGCGAGAGAAACAACCCGAGAUUCCCGUGACAACCGAGACGGCAGGGAUUUGAAGGACUCCAGAGAGAUUAAGGCGGAGACUCGCUCCAGCCGGGAGUCGCUGGAACGCCGCGACCGCGAACGAGAGAAGGAGCGUGGGAGGGAAAAGGAGCGGAGCGACGCCUACAGGAAGGAGGAGCCUCCUCCGGACGACAGGGCUUAUGGACGAGGUCACGGACGGGAUGACGGAGGGAGGACAGAGAGCAAGUUGGACAGAACUGAGAGGAACGGCAGAGGAAGAGGGCGCGCCAACGAAGCCUCUGAUAAAGGCUCCAACAGAAACUCCCGCAGCUCCCAACUGGACAGCGGCUAUGACAACUGGGAGUCGCGGAGCAGCACGGUCCGAGACCGCAGCGCGGAGCGGAGCGGCAACGAGAGAGGCUCGGACAGGACUUCGGAUCGGGACCGCUACGAGAGCGACCGCAGAGACCACGCUAGAGACUCGUCCUACGACCGGAGGGGGGGGCAUGGAGAGAGGGAUCACCGGGACAACCGAGACAGAGGUUCUCCAAACAGAUAUCAGAGGAGAUCUGAGGAGUCAGAGAGGGACGAGCGGAGGACGGACCGGGCGGAGGACAGACGGGACGACAGGGCCCGCGAGAGGGAGCGAGAGAGGGAGAAAGAGAAGGAGCGAGAGAGGGAGAGAGAAAAGGAGAGAGAGAAAGAAAGAGAGGCAGAGAGGGAGCGGGCCAGGGAGAGAGUGCGAGAGAGGGAGCGGGAAAGGGAGAGGGAGGAACGAGAGCGAGAGAGGGAGCGAGAGGAGAGGGAGCGGGAGAGAGAGAGGGAGGAGCGGGAGAGAGAGAGGGAAAGGAAAGAGAGGGAAAGAGAGCGAGAACAGAGGGAGCGGGAGAGGCAGCGAGAGUGGGAGGAGCGAGAGAGAGGGAGGGAGGAGAGGCGGGAGAGGAGAGAGGACAGCAGGGACGAGCGGAAGAUGAGUCGUAAAAGGCUCCGGGUGGAGAGCAGCCCCAGCCCCCAGCCUUUGCCCAAGCGAACGGCGCGGGACUUCAGCCCGGCGGACAGCGACGGCUACAAUAGCGGCGAGGACAAAAGUGAGCGCCCGACCGGCCGCGGGCAGGCCAAGCUCCACCCACAGCCCCUCCUCCCCAGCCCCGUGUGUCUGCCUCCAUCUGACAGCGGGGAUAAGCACCGUCUGCUGAGCCAGGUGGUGAGGCCUCAGGACCGCUUGUCCCGGUCGCCGCCACGAAGCGCUGCGUCGAGUGAAAAGGCCACUUACUGGAAAGACGAGGACCGCCGGGGAGCCAGGGACAAGCGGGACACGCGCGGCUGCCACGACGAGCUGGAGACGCGCGCAGAUCGAGGCCGAGGAAGCGAGAGGCGGGGGGAGUACCUCCCUGAUGCUACGGCGGACUCACGCGGCCGAGGCCGAGACCAAAGAGAGUCAACUCCACCGCCUCCACCUGCAGCGACUCCCGUCGGCAGCGAAGACGCCACUGUCCAGUCCCACGAGGAAGGCAAAAAGAAGACGAAAAUGCAGAGGAAGGGUGUGAAAAAAGGGCGUAAGGAAGAGGAUAUUCCUGUAGGGGCUGCUCCUGCUCCCACAGAACCUCCAGCUAGCGUGUCUGCAGACGUUCCUCCGCCUUUACAUUCGCCGAGAAAAGGAGCCAAGAAGAAGGGACAUGAGAGGAAGAGGAAGCGGUCGCCGGGCGGAGAGUCUGACGCGUCAGAGGAGGAGACGGCCGUCCAGGCGGCUCCCAGCAAGAGGAAGAGAGGCCCCCGGACGCCACCGCCGUCCAUGAGGCCAGAUCGUCACGGAGCCGCCGCCACAAACACCGAGCGCUCCCCACUUUCCAAAACAAACAAUUUCAGCGAUUGGUCCGAUGAGGAGGAGUCAGACAGAGGAGGAGUGGCGGAUACACAAGCUCCACCCCCUCCCGCUGAGAGGACUCCCGCCGAACCGCUGAGGAGGGUUGCCGGACACAGGAUGGGCCGGGACCGGGACCGGGGUGGCGCGCCACCCAUCGCCCCGCUGCUCUCCCCGGAUCCCCCCAUGCUGCUGCAGACUCUGACGCCGCAGCCGCUCAUGUCCCAGCCGUUGCUGCGGAAACCUCCGCCGGAGCCGGCGCGCAGCAGCAGCAUGGGCAGCAACCAGAGCCGGGCGUCGUCCCGCCGCCCGCGCUCGCCUUCCAGCGAGUCCGCCCACCUGGACGACCCUCAGGGGCCCCGCCUGUGCCGCGGCCGGCUGCAGGGCUCCAACUCCAGAGACCGGGACAGAGAGCGGGAGAGAGAGAGAGAGCGGCCGAUGGUGGGUGAUCCUCCUGGGGCUGAGAGGAAAUCUAGAAUCGAUCAGCUGCGGAGAGGGGAGCCCAGCCGCAGCACCUCUUCAGACCGUCAAGAUUCCCGCAGCCACAGUUCCAGACGCAGCUCUCCGGACUCUGAGAGGCAGGGCAGGUCAAGGUCGCGAGCCGGCUCCUAUGACAGUCGAGAACGGGAGCCUUUCGAGCGAGAUCGUAAGGACUUCCGGCCCCAGCAGAACCAGCAGCAGCCGCCGCCGCUGCACCUCCAGCAGCCCGUCCAGCCCCAAAGAGACUGGGAGCCAGAACCCAGGGACUGGCCGAGCAGGGGUCGCGACCCCAUGCUGAUGCGUCCCGGCCGGGAACUGCUGCUAAGGGGUGAGAGGGACAUCCGGGAGCGCGAGCGGCUGCUCCCGGAGGGCCUCGUCCAGCAGCACGAGCGAGAGCGUGAGAGGGAGCGUGACCGAGACGGCCGGGGCGAUCGAGGUGCAGAUCGAGAACGGGAGAGGGUGAUGAUGGACCUGCCGCCGCACGGCGACCUGAGAGCUGCAGCGCGAGGAGACGCGAGAGGUGACAUUAUGAGGAGCGACUUCGAGCCUCUGCUCCCAAGAGAAGCCUUCAGUUCUCCAGAGCCAGAGAAAUCCAGCAACAGUCACCAUCCAGCUGGAGAUCAGCGUGAGCCGGAGAAGACAGAAAGCAUCGACGGAGAGGAUGACGGUAAAGAAGAUGAGCAGUCCAUCGCUUCUGUUGGAGAGGAGUAUGAACCCAUCAGCGACGAUGAGCUGGAUGAAAUUCUGGCCGACAGCCAGAAAAAGGAGGAUCAGCAGGAGGAGGAGAAAAUCACAGGUCCCCUGGAUGUGAUCGAUGUGGACUGGUCCAGCUUAAUGCCCAAACAGAAGCAGGAGCCGCGCGCGGCGGGUGCGGCUCUGCUCCGCUUCACGCCAGGCGCCGUCCUGCUGAGGGCGGGCAUUUCCAAGCGCCUCGCAGGCCCAGAACUCUUGGAACAAGUCAAAGAAGUGUGCAAGUCUGAGCUGGACGAUCCCAAAGACACUGACAAGCUCUUUGAGCAUGACCUGGGAGCGCUGAACAUGGCUGCCGUGAACAGACGGGUGGAGAGGGCCGGUUUACUGAGCAACCUGGGACCCUGCUGCAAGGCGCUAUGCGCUCGCAGGGACUUUGCCAUUCGCCGGCAGUUGUUGAAAAACGAAAAGGGUCAAACGAAGCAGUACCCCACUACACCUGUGGUGGACAACGAGCUGCUCCAGAUGAGCAUCCGUCUCUUCAGAAGGACCAUGGCGGGUCAGACCUCUGCCCCGGAGAGGUCAGAGAGCGGGGCGGCUCCGGCAGGUGAGGCUGCUGAAACGGGCAGCAGCAAGCUGAGCACAGCUCAACCAGAGGUUUGCGUGUCCUGAGAGUAAAACACAUUAAAAGGCUUCAUCUGAACUGUACUCCCCAUCACUUUUCUUUACUUAAGAACCUUGUUUAGUAAUAAGAGGGCGUGACCAUGUGAACAUACUCUAGGACCCCCUGCUGAUGAGCCCAAAGAAGUGUACUCUGUAUUAAACAUGUCUAAUUCAUGUUUUUGUGCCGUUUUAAAAGUGAUUUUGAAUUUACAGAUCUUCCCCCGACUAACACGCUCAAGUUACUCGUUUCUUUUUGUAUGUUCUGCAUUGGUUGCUAUAAAUGUGCAUUAAAAUGUUUAGAUCUUCGGGUUUUUUUCUUCUUCCGGCUUCUUUGCUUUGUACAAAACUGACCGUCCAGUCGUGAAAAUAUGGAACAUUUCAUGUUCAUAACAAAUGAGCAGAUUUGGUGAGGGUAAAAAUCCACAUCCUGCAGAGACUUGAAUGAACUUACUAAAAAGCACUGCCAAACUAUUCUGUUAGUCUGUAUAAACAGUAUAAUGUGCUUAAUAUAGCUGAAAUGAAUGGCUUGGCAGUGACUCCAUGACUUGAACUGAAGAGUGUGCAAAGCACUAACAGGCAAACACUGCCAUGUUGAGUUUCCUUGUCUACCCACAGAAAAGGAAAUUCCCUAUAUGGAAAAGCCUGAUGCUUAGCGAAUAAUCAGUGAGGAUGUGAAUGGUGCAGGCCGUGUGCUCUGGCUCUGUUGGCACAGUGGAUCGGCACAGGAGGCCUUGGAUUCCGUGCGACUUCACCCUUGCACCACCUUUGUUCCAGGAUUGCGUUACACCAGACAUCAUGAAGACGAGGACAAAUCUGGUUGUAGUGUUGGGACUGCGCACGUGAACGCCAGAAAGCGGUUUUUCUGUGUAAUUUCAAAGUGUACAAGUAAUGAUAUUUGGUGUGGUGCUAACUUGUUUUCUAUUGUAAAAUAAAUGUAGAAUAAUAUCCUUA